AUGGACUCGAAGUUCAUGAUGUUCAUGACUCGCGAGUGCCGGGUUGAGGCUUUACCCGAGUGCCGUGCGGAGGCAGACACCGCCGCCUCCAGCCUCAUACAAGUCAGAAGCAGGCUGAAUGAUGCUUCGGCGCUUAUACCACAACCGCAGUCCCUGACCAGGAGGCAGGGCCAGCUUGAGGUGCGAAAGCUGACAGCAGAUCUGCCCAGCGUCGCGCUGAGGCAGACGCUGGACGACUUCGUCGGCUCCAUGAUAGACAGCGCCUCCUCCGAGCCCGGAGCCUCGGAAGCGCCGCUGCUCUCGGCGCGGCUGGCCGACGUGGGUCUGGGGGCAGAGGGCUACGCCCUCAACGUGACGAGCUCCGGCGUGGACCUCGCUGCCGAGACCGAGCAUGGCCUCUUCAACGGCCUGAUGACUCUUCGGCAGCUGCUCCAGAAGCCCGACUCGGGUAUCUGGCAGCUGCCCUUGGUGAGCAUUCGUGACAAGCCUGCCUUGCAGUGGCGGGGGCUUAUGCUGGACGUGAGCCGCCACUUCUUCUUCCCCAAGGAGGUGAAGCACUUGCUCAGGACCAUGGCGCUGUUUAAGAUGAACCACUUCCACUGGCACCUGACCGAUGACCAGGGCUGGCGUUUCCCGGUGGAGAAGUAUCCCAAGCUCAUUUCCCUCGGAGCGGCACGCCGUGCGACGCCGAAGGGCCACACCCCCCGGUUGGACGGCCAGCCCUACAACCACUCCUACACAGUGGAGGAGAUUGAGGACAUCCUCAGUCUCGCAGAGUCUCUGCACAUCGAGGUCAUGCCCGAGUUCGACCUUCCCGGUCACAACCAGGCGGCGAUUGCUUCGUACCCUGAGAUGGGAAACGCGGAUGCAGCGGCCAAGUGGGACCCACAGGUGGCUACGCAGUUUGGUGCCUUGCAGUACACGCUGAAUCCCACGGAUCGAGCCGUGAACUUCACCAAGGACAUCCUCAGCGAACUUGUGCGGCUUUUUCCUGCAACACCCUAUGUGCACAUCGGUGGCGAUGAAGUUCCCACGGACCAGUGGGCAAGGUCACCUGCUGCCAAGGAGGUGGCGGCGGAGAAGCACCUCUCUCUGAGACAGCUGGAGGGCUUGAUGCUCGGGGAGGCAGCGCACCACCUGCAAUCUUUGCACCGCAAGGCGGUCGUCUGGGACGAGGCGCUCGAGUCCGGAGGCGACUUGCCCAAGGAUUCCGUGGUGAUGAUUUGGAGGUCCUGGUUGGGCUUGGACAAGGUCGGAGAGCGAGCUGCGCAGCGAGGCCAUUCUGUGGUCUUGGCUCCACAGACCUGGACAUACCUCGAUCAGUGGCAGGACACCUCCAAAAAGCAGUUCGAUGCGAUUGGAGGCUACUUGCCACUGUCAAAGGUCUACAGCGUUCCCACCACCGCCGGAAGUGCCAAAGUGCUGGGUCUGCAAGGCCAGCUCUGGAGCGAGUACAUCCGCGAGGGGGAGAAGAACUUGGACUUUAUGGCCUGGCCCAGGGGCUGCGCAUUGGCCGAGGCUGGUUGGCUGGGGGAGGCGAGGCCCAGCUUCAAUGACUUCCGCUAUCGCCUGCAGAAGCGGGCGAAGGACUUCGAGGCCUUCGCGGUGAACCUGGGGCAAAUCUGA